AUGAGCAAGUACGGCGUGAUGGUCAUGGGCCCCGCCGGGGCCGGCAAGUCCACCUUCUGCGCCUCCCUCAUCACCCAUCUGAACCUCAACCGCCGCUCCGCCUUCUACGUCAACCUCGACCCGGCCGCCGAGUCCUUCGAGCACGCUCCAGACCUCGACAUCAAGGACCUCAUCUCCCUCCACGAUGCUAUGGAAGAGGUCGGCCUGGGCCCCAACGGCGGCCUCAUAUAUUGCUUCGAGUUCCUCAUGGAGAACCUCGAUUUCCUCACCGAGGCCCUCGACAACCUGACAGAGGAGUACCUCAUCAUCUUCGACAUGCCCGGCCAGAUCGAGCUCUACACCCACAUCCCCAUCCUGCCCGCCCUCGCCCGCUUCCUCUCCCAGCCGGGCUCCCUUGACAUCCGCCUCUGCGCCGCCUACCUCCUCGAGGCCACCUUCGUCGUCGACCGCGCAAAGUUUUUCGCCGGCACCUUGAGCGCCAUGUCCGCCAUGAUCAUGCUCGAGAUCCCCCACCUCAACGUGCUGUCCAAGAUGGACCUCGUCAAGGACCAGGUGCGCAAGAAGGACCUCAAGCGCUUCCUGACGCCCGGCUCGGACCUGCUCGACGACGACCCCGUCGCGGCGGCCUCGGGCGAGCUCGACGACGGGAGGGGCGAGGUCCACGACCGCGACCUCGUCAUGCGGGGCAAGAGCUUCCAGAGGCUGAACAAGGCCGUGGCCGGGCUGAUUGAGAGCUUCAGCAUGGUCAACUACCUCAAGCUGGACGUCACGGACGAGGAUAGCGUGGGCGCCAUUCUCAGCUACAUUGACGAUAUCAUCCAGUACCACGAAGCGCAAGAGCCCAAGGAAAUGCACGACGAUGAGUACGAGCCUCAGGAGGACAACGACGAAUAA